UUCGGUUCUCUCGAUAUUGUAUAGUUUGUUGUAUCUUGUAUGUCUAUAGUCUGUCUUGGUUAGCAAUUGAGAAUUUUUCAGAUAGUGAAUCAGUUGCCGGACCGAAGUCGAAGUGUUGUGAAUAAUUUUUUGCUGCUCUGUGAUAAACUAAUAAUAUAGCAAAAUGGGUAAAAAUUUCGAUCCCGUGAGUUUCGCUAAGGAUUUUGCCGCUGGUGGUAUUUCCGCAGCAGUAUCCAAAACUGCUGUUGCCCCAAUUGAACGUGUCAAAUUGCUGUUGCAAGUUCAACACAUUUCAAAACAAAUCUCACCCGACAAACAAUACAAGGGCAUGGUUGACUGCUUUGUCCGCAUUCCAAAAGAGCAAGGUUUUGCUUCAUUCUGGCGUGGUAACAUGGCUAACGUCAUCCGUUAUUUCCCAACCCAAGCUUUGAACUUUGCCUUCAAGGAUAAGUACAAGCAAGUUUUCUUGGGAGGUGUUGACAAGAACACCCAAUUCUGGCGUUACUUCAUGGGAAACUUGGCUUCCGGUGGUGCCGCUGGAGCAACAUCAUUGUGCUUCGUCUACCCACUAGAUUUCGCCCGUACUCGCUUGGCUGCUGAUACUGGCAAGGGAGGUCAACGUGAGUUCACAGGUCUUGGCAACUGUCUCGUAAAGAUCACAAAAUCCGAUGGUAUCGCUGGAUUGUACCGUGGUUUCGGUGUAUCUGUCCAAGGUAUCAUCAUCUACCGUGCCGCAUACUUCGGCUUCUACGAUACUGCCCGUGGCAUGCUUCCUGAUCCUAAGAACACACCAAUCUACAUCAGCUGGGCUAUCGCUCAAGUUGUUACAACUGUUGCUGGUAUUGUUUCUUAUCCAUUCGAUACUGUCCGUCGUCGUAUGAUGAUGCAGUCUGGCCGCAAGGGAGCUGAUAUUAUUUACAAGAACACUAUUCACUGCUGGGGAACAAUUGCCAAACAAGAAGGUGCUGGAGCUUUCUUCAAGGGCGCUUUCUCGAAUGUCCUCCGUGGUACCGGUGGUGCAUUCGUGCUUGUUCUCUAUGAUGAAAUCAAGAAGUUAUUGUAAAUUAAUAAUGUAACAACUACGUAAAAAAAAGUAAAAACUAAAAACAUAAAAAUAGUAAAUAA